AACAAGUAUAUUAGACUAUCUAUUGAUAUAAAAAAUGAUGGAGAAUUACAGUAUACAUUUGAGAAUUUUGAAAAUGACUAUACAUUCACCAGUUCAAAGGAAAUAAAACAUUAUGAUCAUAUGUUUAACAAUUUCAAAGAUGAAUUAGGAGUUUCAGGAAAAAUAUCUAUACCAUCAUUAUUAGGAUUUGACAAUAUUGAAAAUAUUACCUAUUUAUGUGACCAAGUGCUUGAAAAAUUUCCAUCUGUUCAAGAAGAGGAAACAAAUCCCAAGAUGUCUACAGCUAUGAAAACUAAUGAUGAUACUGCAGAAGAAGAAGUAAUUCAAAAGGGAAUUCGUGUUCAACCUGAUGGUGUAAAUAUGUCACCUAAAAGCAUUCAAGCACUUAUGGUAUCCAACAAUUCACAUAUAAUUGAAAAAUACCAAGCAAAUCGACAAAUAAAAAAAAUAAAAGAUAAGUUGGAAGAUGCAUGUUCAAAAUUGAAAGAGAUUGAAGAAAAUACAAAAAAUAGUCCUUAUCUUGAUAAUGCUGAAAAUAAAGAGUUGGUGAAUGCUGUUAAUAAAAUCAUUGAAGAGAAUAAUUUGGAAGACUUUACCAAUGAACCAGAUGGCAUGAGUUAUUCCAAAACCCUUGCUGUAAGCAGAUUAGUAGCUGGAUUAAAUAGAAGGGAAUUGCAAACUGGAUUAGCCUUCAUGGGAAUUACUUCACAAUCUUGUUCAAAGGCAUAUUUUCAACAUCAAGGGAACUAUUAUAAUCCAAUUAAAAAGAUGGCAAAAGAAGUAACAGCAAUAGCCUUGAAAAAUGUUAUUGAAAAAGCCAAAGAAGAGGAAAAAAAAACUAUACCUUGUUCAUUUGAUGCUUCACGUUAUAAGCCAGUAAUUGCAUUUUCCUUCUGUGAAAAAUCUCACAUAAUAGUGAAGGAAGGAAAAAAUAUGACAACCCAUGAAGGUAAUUUUGAUCAAUCAUCUCGUCAAAUGGAACAUCAAAUUUUGAUAAAUAUUUUAGAAGAAAUUACUCCAGUUUUCAGAGAAAAUGGUCUUCUGCUUGAUAUUGCCAUUGAUGGUGACCUAGAUAGUAAUAGAACUUUAUCAAACUGUGAUAUUGUAAAUCAAAUAUUUGCUGAUCUAAAACAUAAAACCAAAACAAUAAGAAAUAAGAUUAAUAGUGCUAGUAAUCAAAAAGAUAAUUAUGACAAAAAAUCUAUUGAGGAGAAAAAAACAUUACCUUUACCUCCUGAUGAUGAUAAAUUGCAUUAUAUGCAAACAGAAAUUUUAUUUGAACAUCUAUGUGACUUACACGAUAAUUGUUGGGAAGAAGUUUGUUGGAGAAAAAAAAAAUCCAGAGCUAGGACUUCAAGGUGA